AAAGAGCGUUCUUUCGUUUACUUACAUCCUAUUUGUAUGCAGUGAUUGCUUUUGUGUUCUUUCAAUCAAUGAGGUGAGCUAAUUUUACUAUUGUAGUUUUCAAUCUCAUAAUCGCCAAUUUUUUAUAACAAAUAGUAACUUUAGUAACGUGACGUCGUCGUGUCACCUCCCUCCAUAAGCAAGAAUUUAUAAAAAAUCGUAUUCGUUUCGUUUUUCUUUCAUCAAUGUAGUUGCCUUCUUGUUAAUAUUUUGCCUAAAGUAAACAAUAUCUUAAAUAUAGCCUAUGUGUAGGAUAUUGUGGAAAGCAUAGUAUAAGAUAAUAAUGAGUUCUAAAAAGGGAAAGCGUCAUGGAAACAAGCAUUUUCCCAUCGCUGAAUCUGUGAGCAUAGCACUGAAGAUUCAGCUGGAUAAGUUCAUAAGUGAUGAAAAUGAGACUGAGCUAAAGUUCCCGACGUUCCUGUCGGCCCAGGAGCGCGGAUUCAUCCAUGAGACUGUUGCCAAACUCGGUCUCAAGUCGAAAUCGCGCGGGAAAGGUGUAAACCGCUACAUAACAAUAUAUAAAAGGAUUGGAUCAACGAUAAUUCAGAAUGAUGCCAAGCUCAUAUUGGACUCCAACAUGCGGUGCAGUAUUGCGGAGCUAUGUAAUGCAUUCCCGAUCACCAGCAAGGAGAAGGAUGACCUUAGCAGUUGUCCAGAGAAGGAGAGGAGUCCACAGCUCACACAUAAGAGUAUGGGGCAGCUAAACAAUGGGGUUGCACAGGUCCCCAACACACAAUACAAUCCAGAUCUUCUGAAGUUCAGAGAGAAAUUACCUGUGUAUGAACAGAGGCAGGACCUUAUCAAUGCAGUUCUUCAUAAUCAGGUGAUCAUAGUGGCAGGUGCCACAGGCUGCGGGAAGACCACACAGCUGCCUCAGCUGGUGCUGGACUACUGCCAGGAACACAAGCAGCCAGCCCGCAUGUACUGUACGCAGCCCAGGAGGAUAUCUGCUGUAGCUGUCGCAGAAAGAGUAGCGUACGAGCGCAUGGAAAAGAUAGGCCAAUCAAUAGGCUAUCAGAUAAGGCUGGAGUCCCGCGUCAGUCCACGAACAGUGCUCACUUAUUGUACCAAUGGAGUGCUGCUUAGAACUCUUAUGGCCGGAGAUACUUCGUUAACAGGUGUAACCCACAUAUUCGUGGACGAAGUGCACGAACGUGACAAGUUCAGCGACUUCCUGCUGAUCGCGCUGCGCGACGCUCUGCCGCGCUGCAAGGACCUCAAACUGGUCCUCAUGUCCGCCACCAUGGACACUCAGAUAUUCUCCAGGUACUUCAACAACUGCCCAGUAAUAACAAUACCGGGCCGAUUACAUGAGGUCCAACGUUAUUACUUAGAAGAUAUUCUGAAGAUCUCACAAUACAGGACUCCUAAGAUGGCGCAAGUUGAGAAGGAACUUAAGUCCAAGCUCAAGAGUGGACACAGUUAUUGGUCACAUCUUGAAGGUCAAAAACAAGAAGAUGUUGCAAGCAGUAGUAGCAAGGAAGUUAUAAAGGAAGACAAAGAGAGCGUUCUCGAACCUUCUCUACAAGCUGAUAUGGACGAGUUCCUUGACGAAUGCUUUAAUGAAGGCUCAUUGGACUCGUUCACGCAGUUGCUAUACAUGUACAUGUCGGAGGGUGUGCCGGUGCGGACGCAGCACUCCCGCUCGCGCCGCGCCGGCCUCAUGGCGGCCGCCGCCCGAGGCCUGCCCGAGGCCUGCGCCCAGCUGCUGCACAUCGGCGCGGACCCUUCAGCAAAAGACAAAGACGGUAAAACGGCCUACGAUUACGCCAUAGAGAACAACCACCCCGACUGCGCCAAAAUAUUAUCCACCUUCAAUAUUAACGACGAACCUAAAGAAAAUACCGAAGACGAUAGUGCAGCCGAAAACUUCCUAUUAGACGUAUACCACCAUACAUUCUCAGAAGAACUCAUAGACCAUGAUCUAAUGCUAGCCUUAAUAAAACAUAUACAUGUGAAUCUGCCUAAAGGAAGCAUCUUAGUAUUCCUACCAGGAUAUGAUGAUAUAGUGACUUUGAGAGACAUGAUACAAUCCUGCACAGACAUGAAUGUGCUAAAAUACCAGAUAUUUACACUACACAGUAAUAUGCAAACACUAGACCAGAAGAAAGUUUUCAAUCCUCUGCCUAAUGCAAGGAAGAUUAUCAUAUCUACGAAUAUAGCUGAGACUUCGAUUACUAUAGAUGAUGUGGUGUAUGUGGUCGACUCUUGUAAGGUGAAAGAGAAGUAUUAUGAGUCGAAUGGCGGUGUUUGUACUUUACAAUGUGUGUGGACGUCUAGAGCUUGUUGCCAGCAACGAGCGGGCAGGGCCGGACGGACAAAACCCGGACAUUGCUUCCAUAUGUGUUCCAAACGACGUUUUAACACUCUCCCUCUAAAUUCCGUGCCUGAGAUACUCAGAGUACCACUUCAGGAGUUAUGUCUGCACACAAAGUUAUUGGCUCCGGGUAACACUCCUAUAGCGGAUUUCCUAUCUAAAGCAUUAGAACCUCCAUCGUUCCUAGCUGUGAGGAAUGCAGUGACGUUACUCAAAACUAUCGGAGCAUUGACUCCUAUGGAAGAUUUGACGGAAAUCGGACAGCAUUUGCUAGAUCUGACAGUAGAACCAAAGUUAGGCAAAAUGCUGCUUUACGCUUGUGUCAUGAAGUGUCUCGAUCCAAUUUUGACGAUAGUAUGCAGUUUGGCAAACAAGGAGCCUUUCCAAAUAUCUAUGAACCCUGAGAACAGGAAGCGUGGUAGUAUGGCUAGAAAGGAAUUUGCAGCUGACAGUUAUUCCGACCACAUGGCGUUGUUAAGAGCCUUCCAAGCCUGGCAGACUGCCCGAGCGAAUGGAACGGAAAGAGCGUUCUGUGCUAAGAAUUUAAUAUGCGGAGCUACCAUGGAAAUGAUUGUAGGAUACAGAUCACAACUACUUGCUCAAUUAAGAGCCUUAUGUCUGGUCAAAGCUCGAGGUUCGGGAGAUAUUAAAGAUGUUAAUCUGAAUUCAGAGAAAUGGCAUGUUGUUAAAGCUGUGUUAGUCAGUGGCUUGUACCCGUCAAUAGCUCGCGUGGACAGAGAUUCAGCCUCUCUAAGGACCUCAAAAGAGGUUAAAGUGGCUUUCCAUCCUAGUUCAACAUUACACCAAGGAGGUGGACUGACCGGGUCACAGAAAUCCGUGCAAAAUCUCCCAACUGACUGGGUCGUGUUCGAAGAAAUUUCUAGAGCGGGGAGGUUUUGCUUCAUCCGUUGUAAUACUCUAGUGACGCCAUUAACAGUAGCGUUGUUCGGAGGUCCAUUAAGAUUACCUUUGGGUGCUUUAACACAGAGGGCCAACCCUCCGGGAUUGUCCAGCGAUUCAGAUAGCGAGGCGGAUGAAAAUAAUGCUUCGCCGGACACCGCAGUUAUUACUUUAGACGAUUGGAUGGCAUUCACAGCGGAUGCAUCAGACGCCAUCAGCGUUUUCUACCUCCGACAAAAACUCUGCGCUCUAGUCAUAAGACGCAUGUCCAAUCCUGCUAAACCUAUGACUCCAUUAGACGAGCAAAUACUAAGCACAGUUGUACAUAUCAUGGGCUCGGAAGAAAAGAAUGUAGGUCUUAACCAGCCUAGUGGAAUAGGCCAGAGACCGAAGCCCUUAACAGUAGAUUCACCAAACUGGCGGUCUCGUCUCGAGAAUGACGACCAAUACCGCCACGAUAAUAAUAAGUAUUAUCCCCAAUAUAAUCAAAAUGAGGGAGGUUUCCCUGGAGGGAACUUUUAUAAUAAUGCUUACGGGGGUUAUAGAAACGGCCAAGGCCGUCCCGGCGGUUGGAGGAACGACGUUCCUCAACCAUUUUCUCCUCAAUCGUAUAGUGGUCCAAAAAGCCCUAUGUCGCCAAACGGUAAGACCCUGUUGGCGAAUAUAGAGAAGUAUGGAGAAACUGGAGAAGGCAAUGUGCGCUACUUCGUGGCCAAGGCAGAUGAUCCGCAUAGUGUGGAGGUGGCUCAGAGCACCGGCACGUUCCCAUUCACACAGAGUACGGCUAAGAAACUGCAGAAGAUUAAACAGGAGGGUACCCGCGUAAUAGUGUUCUUCUCAUGCGCGUCUGCGUUCAAGUUCGUGGGCUGCGCCGCGCUGCUGGACAACGCGGGCGCGUUAGACUGGCUGUCCACGCACCACGUGCCUUACCAUAUGGUCCGAAACAUCGGCAACUCUCUAGCAGGCGGUGCCCGGGUGUGUGCAGCCCGGGACGGCGCCGAACUGUGUGCCCCCGCCGCCCGGGCGCUGCUGGCCGCGCACUCGCGCCGCCGCCACCCGCCCAGGCCCAUACAGAAACAUGCACCAGAUAUGUGAAUAUACUAACCUAUAGUUAGUACUCCUUGCUGUAAUAACAUCGGCUCGACCAACAUUUACCAAUAAUACCUCUUAACAUUAUCCGUCAAACAUCAACAAUUUACUAAGACCGAUCCCUAAAGUAGCCUAUUAGGGCUUGUACGCACUGUCAACUAGUCGUCAGCGACUGUGACUUUCAUUAGUUUAAAUAAGGUGUUUCGGUCGCCGAGGGACUGAAUCGCCGCCGACUAGUCGACAGUGCGUAAUAGCCCUUAACAUCGAGCAUCAACCUACGGCCGAACACUAAAGGUCAUGGCACAUUAUAGCGGCAGCGCAACAGCACGGCUGCAGCACGGCGUCGCCUUGAAUUAAGACUACGGCGAGGUGUAAGCUUGCUGUCACAGCAAACUCAAUAUUAUUUUAAGACAG